AUGUCGGCGGCGCAGGUGUCCUCGUCCCGGAGACAAUCUUGCUACCUGUGCGACCUGCCCCGCAUGCCCUGGGCCAUGAUCUGGGACUUCUCGGAACCCGUAUGCCGCGGUUGCGUCAACUACGAGGGCGCCGAUCGCAUCGAGUUCGUGAUCGAGACCGCGCGCCAGCUGAAGCGGGCGCACGGCUGCUUUCAGGACGGCCGCUCCCCCGGGCCGCCGCCGCCCGUCGGGGUCAAGACGGUGGCCCUGUCGGCUAAAGAGGCGGCGGCUGCGGCAGCGGCGGCAGCUGCCGCCGCACAGCAACAGCAGCAGCAGCAACAGCAGCAGCAACAACAGCAGCAGCAGCAACAGCAACAACAGCUCAACCACGUCGAUGGUUCCAGCAAGCCUGCGGUGCUGGCGGCCCCGUCCGGCCUGGAGCGCUAUGGCCUGAGCGCUGCCGCCGCCGCUGCCGCCGCCGCCGCCGCCGCGGUGGAGCAGCGCAGCCGCUUCGAGUAUCCUCCACCGCCGGUGAGCCUGGGAAGCAGCAGCCACGCCGCGCGGCUGCCCAACGGCCUGGGGGGCCCAAAUGGUUUCCCCAAGCCAACACCGGAGGAGGGACCCCCAGAGCUGAACCGCCAGAGCCCCAACUCCUCUUCAGCCGCGGCGUCGGUGGCGUCUCGGCGCGGGACGCACGGUGGGCUAGUGACGGGGCUGCCCAACCCGGGGGGCGGUGGAGGCCCCCAGCUCACGGUGCCCCCCAACCUGCUGCCGCAGACGCUGCUUAACGGCCCGGCCAGUGCCGCCGUGCUGCCCCCACCGCCGCCGCACGGCCUGGGCAGCCGUGGGCCCCCGACGCCCGCGCCCCCAGGGGCGCCCGGGGGCCCCGCUUGUCUGGGGGGCGCCCCAGGCGUAUCAGCCGCAUCGUCCUCAGCGUCGUCUUCCACCUCGUCGUCAGUGGCCGAGGUGGGUGUAGGUGCUGGCGGCAAAAGGCCCGGCUCGGUAUCGAGUACAGACCAGGAGCGCGAGCUGAAGGAGAAGCAGCGGAACGCCGAGGCCCUGGCUGAGCUGAGCGAGAGCCUGCGCAACCGCGCGGAGGAGUGGGCCAACAAGCCUAAGAUGGUCCGCGACACGCUGCUCACGCUGGCUGGCUGUACGCCCUACGAGGUGCGUUUCAAGAAGGACCACUCUCUGCUGGGCCGCGUCUUUGCCUUCGAUGCUGUCUCCAAGCCGGGCAUGGACUACGAGUUGAAGCUGUUCAUCGAGUACCCCACGGGCUCAGGCAACGUGUACUCCAGCGCAUCUGGUGUGGCCAAGCAGAUGUACCAGGACUGUAUGAAGGACUUCGGCCGGGGUCUCUCCUCCGGCUUCAAGUAUCUGGAGUACGAAAAGAAGCACGGCUCCGGGGACUGGCGCCUACUUGGAGACCUGCUGCCUGAGGCCGUGCGCUUCUUCAAGGAGGGCGUGCCCGGCGCCGACAUGCUGCCCCAGCCCUACCUGGACGCCAGCUGCCCCAUGCUGCCCACGGCGCUGGUGAGCCUAAGCCGCGCCCCCAGCGCGCCCCCGGGCACCGGGGCCCUGCCGCCUGCCGCCCCUUCGGGUCGGGGCACAGCUGCCAGUCUUCGCAAGAGGAAGGCGUCCCCUGAGCCCCCGGAUUCCGCCGAGGGCGCCCUGAAGCUGGGCGAGGAGCAGCAGAGGCAGCAGUGGAUGGCGAACCAGAGCGAGGCACUAAAGCUCACCAUGACGGCCGGGGGCUUUGCGGCGCCCGGGCAUGCCGCCGGAGGUCCGCCCCCACCGCCUCCGCCCCUGGGACCCCAUUCCAACCGGACCACCCCGCCCGAGUCAGCCCCCCAGAACGGCCCUUCCCCCAUGGCCGCCCUCAUGUCGGUGGCAGACACUCUGGGCACGGCGCACUCGCCCAAGGACGGCAGCUCCGUGCACUCCACCACUGCGUCCGCGCGGCGCAACAGCAGCAGCCCGGUGUCACCGGCCUCGGUGCCCGGGCAGCGCCGCUUGGCAUCACGGAACGGGGACCUGAAUUUACAGGUGGCGCCCCCGCCUCCUAGCACCCACCCGGGCAUGGACCAAGUGCACCCCCAAAACAUUCCGGAUUCCCCUAUGGCCAACAGCGGGCCCCUCUGCUGUACCAUUUGCCACGAACGUUUGGAGGACACGCAUUUCGUUCAGUGCCCAUCCGUCCCCAGCCACAAAUUCUGUUUCCCUUGCUCUAGAGAGAGUAUCAAGGCCCAGGGGGCCACCGGCGAGGUGUACUGCCCCAGCGGAGAGAAAUGCCCCCUGGUUGGGUCGAAUGUACCUUGGGCCUUCAUGCAGGGCGAAAUCGCGACGAUCUUAGCUGGAGAUGUUAAAGUGAAAAAGGAGAGAGACCCUUGAACCACAAGACAGCCACCUCCUUUGCCCCUGACCGGCUCCUCUCCGAUCCAGAGGGCCCCUCCCCCACCCCCUCCCCCCUCCCUUCCCUCACCCCCAAGGUGUAGAAUUGUGAAUAUAACAAACUGCAAAAAGUUAGUCUUAUGUAUAGACAUUAUUUUCGUCGUAUGUUUCUAUAUUUUGAAACAAAAGGUAUGUAACUUCUUCAUUUGAAGGAUAAGCUGGUUUGUGUUAAGCAGUAUAAUAUUGGUUGGGUCAUUUGCAUCAUUUCGUUAGCAUUUAUUUGGUGGCAGAGUGUUUGCCUAGGUACCGAAUUAAUAGCCCUUAGCAACGACUGCUGCUGGUGUGUAUUUUUGUAAAUGUUAUGCACUCUCUGAAAGGAAAAAAAAAAAACACAAAAGAAAAUGACUUUUUGUUUUGUUUUGCCAAGGCCAGUGUUGCUGCCUAAAGAAAAAAAAAAAAAAAAAAAAAAAAAAAAGCUAUAAAAUGGUGAAAGCUUCUUUCUAAACAGCCCCAAGUGUUGAAGUCUUCACUUUAUUUUGUUGGUUUUGUUCCGUUUUGUUUUGUUACUCUGUUUUGUUUGCAAAAUGGUAAGGGGGAGGUGUUGGGGGGGAUGGGGUGUUUUUUGUUGCAAGUUUGUGAGGGAAAAUGUUUUGGUUUGUUUCUACUGACCUGGAUGUGUUGGAUCUUCACGUGUUGUUUUGUUUUUGUUUUAUUGAUGCACGGAUGCUUUUGAACAGUAGAGCGAAAUGCUAGACAUGGGGAGUCUGCUCUGUUUGUCCUUUAUACAUUUCUGUAGUUAACAGAACACUGUAAUGUGCCUUGGAGCUUAGUAACUUGUAAUAAAUUCAAUUGAUAUUAA